AUGGAAAAUUUUGGUAGAUAUAAUUUGUGCUGUAAUCCUCGACAAUUGGAAGACCAUAGAGUGAAAAAUGGUCUCCGACGAGCUUCUUUUACAAAUCAUAUUGCACAUAACUUAAGUACAAAUGUCUAUCUCUGUACAUCGUGUAGAAAAGCACUCGAUUCGCAAAAUAAUGCAUCUAAUUCUGUUCCUGAGGUUGAUGACAAUUUUGAAGAAGAAUUGGAAGAUGCUCGUACUAAAAGUACUCUUUCAUCAAUUUCAACUAUUCCAUCUGGAUUAGAAGAAUUUAGUGAAGAACUAUCAACACAAACCAGUAGUUUGUCUGGAUAA